UCGAAGAUCAGCGGACAGGAGACUUGUGACUUGUCUUAUUCCAAUCCUCCUAAUCACUCACUUUCUCACGAGACUUGCACGAUGGGGCGACGUAUAAAAUCAUUUGCUGCCGGACCUUUUGAAAUCUUACCACAGCAGCGUUCACUUUCCUCAGGUUUGAUGUUAGGGUAGUAUUUUAAGUCUAAUUAGCCAGCACCCGUACCUCGAUCAGGGGUGACACUAAAACCUGCGAUCAGGCGUUUUCCCCCUCGUCUCCCAAACAAAAAGGAAGAAGCACCGUCUGAUCGUAGGUUAAGGUGAUAAUCUUAACUUAUUUUAAAAUUGAUUUAAUUGCAAAUAAUAUACUUCACUUUUGCUUUUAACUUUUGUUUUACUCUAUCUACAUCUACUUCAAAUUAUAAUUAUUACUUAUUAUUUUAUUCAAAAUAUUUUGCCAGUACUGAUUGGCUCCUAUCCGCAGGCUGAUUCUUAAUAAUCAUCAGUUACUUACCAUAUUUGAAAGAUGUAAACUGCUACUAAGGAUGUUCUGCUUUAUACGAUCAGAAGCAAAAUGGCUGCUGUCACUACUGAUUAUUAAUUGGCAGCUUAAGUAACAGUGCUAUACAGUCUAAUAAUCAUUAAUUCCAUUUUCCAUACAAAGAAAAGAUAUAUAUCUUCUAUCUUAUUAAUUAGUACAAUCAUGGAAUUCCGUGGUGCAGAAAAGCCAUAUCAGUUUUUGGCGAGCAGCUCAAGCCAUUUUGCCUCCUACGAGACAGCACGAUCACAAUUUUCCACUGAUGAUUUUUGGGCUUCAGUUAGAAGUGUUAAGCAGGACCAAGGGAAACGGGUAAGAAUACUGCAGUGUGUAACCAUGGGAACUUUGCAGUUGAUAAUGUAAUAAUAAGAAAAUCUUUAUUGGGGAUGACAACAUCAUGCAAAGUGUUUUACUUUAGGGCUCUCAAUAAUAAAUCAUAAAAUGAAAGGUAAAUAAAAAUUAAUGAGAGAAAAACAUAAUUUAACUGCCUAGCAAAGAAUAAGAAUAGCAAAAAAAAUGGAAAAUAGCAGGGUUUCCUUCCUUUUCCUAUCCUUCAACUUGGGAAAUCCCUGCCAGCUUUUAUAUACUGGCUAGAACCUUUCAGGCAGAGCCUCCCUGUAUAGACCCUUGUAGGGAGUACCCCCCCCCCCCCAGGCUGUGUGUGACUGUUUUAAAAAUACAGGUGAUAACUGUACCCCUGUUGUUUUGCAGUAUUCAUUUUUGGAAAAGGUCUGAAGUUGUACAAAGCCAAAAAUACAGAAAGACCAUGGGGGAGACCAGAAAGCUGUUAUGCUUAUUUUAGCUGUAAAAAUUUUUAUUAUUAUGUUAUCAGUAACUGAUGCAAUAAAUUUGUCUCUGCUUUUAUCGCUAUAGGUGCAAAAUCCUCAGGAAAAAGCCAACUACUUUUCUUUACUUACUUUCUGGUGGUUAA